AACGAAAAUUACCCUCUAAUACGGUAUAAUUAUAAUGUUGAAACUUGGAGCUAGGUCUAUGUUAAUGUUGGAGCUUACAGUGUACUAGCUAUUGUCUGUAGAUGCCUGCAGCCCCUGCGUUGCAUCAAGUGAAGCAUCGUUUGAAAAACAGUCGUGUAACUAACAUGGAAUGUUCCAUCCUGAAGUGCAACAUUGGCAGGGACAAGUGUUUGAAGAAAGAGAUAUGGAGACUUAGGCUGAACUGGAUGUUUCUUUUUUCGCUGGGAGGGUUGUAUGCUGUUAGUUACACAAGUUUAUCCUCCUCUUUCCAUCAAUUUGUCACCAAUCCAUCUGUUGAUCAACUGAAUGGAACAAAUUCCACCAUGGAAAUAGGUCUUGGACAAACAGAGUCGUUUUAUUCAGUUUUGAUCAGUCUUUUCAAUCUGGGAGCGCUUGUUGGUGCUGUUUUGUGUGGAUUCCUUGUGAAAGUCUUACCAUACUGGUAUCUGAUUAUGUUCAGCCUUUUUGCCCAUACCAUUGGCUACGUGCUCUACGCUGUGACAUCUAUUGGAUGGCUAAUCAUGAUCUCCAAGUUUCUCUCUGGUUUCUUUAUUGGUGCAGAAUUAACAUUGGCACUCAGCUACUUUGCAGAAAGUAGUAUUGAGUACCACAGAUUGAGGUUAGAGGUAGAUGCCAAAAAGGAGUCAAGUUCACAGCAGUUCAGGAACAUGUUGUUUGCCUUACACAAUGUAGGGAUUAACAUUGGAUACAUAUUUGGCCCAGGCUUUGCGGUCAUCUUGGCACAAUUUAAAGUAAAUCAGUUUCGAUCCAUUGCCUGGUACAAUGUUGCUCUUGGUGUAGCAGCUAUGUUCUUACAACUAGCAAUGUUUCAUGGGGAAAGCACCUUUAAAAAAGUGUCUAAACAGCGCUUAUCACUAUUCUGCAGUAAAGAUUUCAAGUUCUUCAAUCCAUCUGAAUUUUUGAUACUUGCUUUUCUUAUUGUACUUCGUGGAGUGUUAAGUUUUAGGUUUGGAGCAUAUGAGACCGUUUAUAAUCCUGUUUUGUCUGACUACUAUGGAUUUAACGAGAUAUACAGCUCCUACUUCUUUUUUGCCCUCACCUUGGCACAGAUAUUUGGAACCUUAUUAUUGAUUUUCUUCCAAAAUAUCAAGAUAAAAAGUCAGACAAUCGCUAUCAUUGGAUUGCUAAUGACAAUCGGAAGUUGUGUUUUGAUGGCUGAUUGGCAAUCCAUUCCUUAUGAUGAGUGUACUGAAUACAGCCCGUUCCAUAACCCUGGUCUUGUGGAUAAUUACAAUAUUAUGUUGGAGCCCCGUAAGGAAUUAUUCAAAAGAGCUCACUGUGACCAGUUGACUGAUAUUUCUUCCAAUAUUCUUAUGAGCUUUGAACUUAUAUCCAGGUCCAAAGUAACAUUGCUCUCAGGCUACACUAUAGAGACUCAAGUUAUAGAUGGUACCAAGUUUGAUUGCCAACGUACGGAUGUGUGUUCACUGUGCAGUCAACAUUAUAGUGAUGGAAAGCCCGUGUGUCUGCAGUUUGGAGCUCGUGUUAACGCAGAAGGGUGUUGGACGCAAAUAGAUGGAGUACAUCUUUAUGAUAAUGCUCUAAAUUCAAACGUUUCUGAAUCAUUUCUCUGCUCAUCGACCAGGUCAAAUCUUUCGUUCUGUAUUUUUCUACGUACCAUUCCAUUGGUGCAACUCCAAAGUUUAAAGCAUCUCAAACCGGAUGUUUACAAUGCAGCUAUGAAUAUGUGUUUAACAGCCAAUGGUACUAGGAAUAACUGUUACUGGAAUCCUCAGUCAAUCAUUACUGGCAAGCACUGUGAAGACUGUCAACCUAUUUGUAGAAGCAGGUCUCAUUCGCUAACGUUUGUCCAGUUUGUACUGGGGUCAGCACUUCUGUUGGUGUCGAUCCCUGUAGCGUGGGUACCAGUAGCAGCUCUCAUCUCUAAUCGGGUUUCCACAGCAGCUCAGGGAAUUGUGAUGGGCUUAAUGGUAGCAUUGACUGCUAUUGGAAGGAGUGUCAGCCCAAUUUGGUUGGAUGCUGCAUAUGAAGGAAUGGAGAAACGAACCUUUUUAGCAAUGACAUUGCUUGCUGUUACUCAUUUACCAUUUCUUAUUGGAACUAUUCUGCUAUUCAGGAAAUUGCAAAAUGCUUCCGUCUACACCAAUAGAUACUCAAAAUUGGUCCCUGACCAAUCUGAUACUGACUGAUUAAAAUUGCUAACAAUCAUUAACAAUUAAUGAAAUCACUUUAAUCUCCAAUGUGUCAAAUUCUUUCAUACAUUAUUGUCACGACUGUUAGUUUUGUUUUGAAAUUGCA